CAAGUCUGGUUUGGCAUAGUUUGCUUCAAACUCCAAGAGCAAAGAGAGAGCUAGCUGCCAUGUCUACUAACACUAAAAGCUUCAGCAGCAGUUCCAGUGAAGAUGACAAUGAACUUAGGAGAGGGCCAUGGACUCUUGAAGAAGACACUCUUCUGAUUCAAUACAUAGCUCGUCAUGGUGAAGGCCGAUGGAAUCUGCUAGCAAAUCGUGCAGGAUUGAGAAGAACUGGGAAGAGUUGCAGAUUGAGAUGGUUAAACUAUCUGAAACCAGAUGUUAAGCGUGGAAACCUUACUCCAGAAGAACAGCUCAUGAUUCUUGACCUUCACUCCAAGUGGGGAAAUAGGUGGUCGAAAAUUGCGCAAUACUUACCUGGAAGAACAGACAAUGAAAUCAAGAACUACUGGAGAACUAGAGUGCAGAAACAAGCAAGACAUCUUAAGAUUGAUACCAACAGCACAGAGUUUCAGAAUAUCAUUAGGUGCUUUUGGAUGCCUAGAUUGCUGCAGAAGAUAGGAGACCAAAACCAAUUAGCUUCUUCUCAUCAGCAUUCAAUAACAGCACCAUCACCACAACUGCAAUUUACUCAUGAGCAAGGAGCUGUUAACAUGAGCGGAUAUGAAUACAACUUGGACAUCGAAAAGCAGAACACAGAAUGCAUUUUGCCAUCAGAGUUACCAAUGGAGACGCCAAACACUUCUCAAUUUUCAGAAUAUCAUACUUCUAGUCCUUUUGGUGGAGCCAUGGUGCACAAUGAUCACAAUGUAUACACCAAUGACCAUGACAUGGAAGUCUCCAACUUUGGGAAUUCUGCUGCUGCUGAAAGUUACUAUGUGCCAGAAAGUGAAAGCAACUGGCUUGAAACUGAUUUUUCAUGUAGCAUGUGGAACAUGGAUGAAUUAUUGCAAAGGUGUUAGCAUGAAUAGUCCCCUCGGCCGAGUACUUUUGGUAUACAUAAUUAUAUUGUACAAGAUCACGGGCCUCUCCAACCAAUCCCAAUUAAUUUUUUUUUGGAUCGGACGCUCUAUAUCUGGAUUGAGGGACUUAUUUUCAGACAACCCUUGCUGAACUGAUCAAUAUGUUCUUUAAUAUAGAUUAGUAUCUAAAUCAUUUAUCAAGUGAACAGUACUUGUUGAUUUUCCACAACCUAACUGCAGAACAGUGCAAGUUGUUUGUUUAAACUUUCCAUCAAUAUUAAUGUGCAUUUUUUUC